GAUGAUCAUGAUGAUAAUGAUGAUUUGGAUGAUGAUGAUGAUGAUGAUGAGGGUGAUUUGGAUGAUGAUGAUGAUUAUGAGGAUUUGUAUGAUGAUGAUGUUUUGGAUGAUGUGGAUUAUGAUGAUUCAGAUAAUGUUGAUGAUGAUUUGGAUGAUGAUGAUGUUGAUGACGAUGAUGAUGUUUUCGAUGUUGAUGAUGAUGAUAAUUACUUGGAUGAUGAUUAUAAUGAUAUUGAUUUCAAUAAUGAUUUGUAUGAUUAUUUGGGUGAUUAUUAUCAUGAGGAUGAUUUGGAUGACAAUAAUGAUGAUGAUGAUGAUCAAUAUGAUGUUGAUGAUGAUAAUGACGAUGUUGAUGGUUUGGAUGAUUAUUAUCAUGAUGAUGAUUUCUAUGAAGAUGAUGAUGAUGAUUCGGAUGAUGAUUUGAAUGUUGAUUAG